UACAAGAAGAUUUAGUCACCGUUUUGAAGGCAAUGUACUUAUUCGUUUACGACAAUCGUUUGAUUGUUCUUUUGUUUCAGGUUCCCUUAUAAUGGUCUUCCACCCAAAAUCCUCUUCCCAAGCCGUAGCAGAUUCUUCAACGCAAGCCCUCCUCCACUGGGGGCAGCAGAAGCAGCCGCUGCUGUUGAACUUUUGCUGCUUUUUAGGAGACUUCGUUGACGAGCUGCCCCAAGUACGCCCCAGUACGACGCCAAGGCCGUCGGAAACCGGCAAAGGAACCUCCAGGAAACUACCUCCAGUUGAUUUGGAAUCGGCGAGUGUCCGGUUGCUGGUGGCGGCCGCUGCCCAUCAGGAAGAAGCGUUGGAUCGCCGGCACCACGUUGAUCACCACCCCAGUCAGUUGAUGACAACGUCGCGAUGACCAGGCCGUUGCUGGGGAACCUGCUGCAGAACGAAAGCGCCAGUUCACAGAAGUCUAGCAGCUGGAGGACCAAAGCUUAGCGGAUCCAAAGCCGGAAAAGGACCAGCUGCCUGAUGCAAACCGACUGGAGAAACUCCGCGAACCGUCCAGAUAUUGCCAGCCAAAAUGGUCAAAGGUCGUGGAGCUGCGGGAGUAGGCCGAUCGGUUAACUCGUGGUUGCCCCAAUGAGUUAGUGCAGAUAACGAAUAUUGGAGCCGAUGUUCGUGACCCGAUUCUAAAAACAGAUUCCGCGUAGUGGUUCCGGAAUGUUCCCGGGAUGGUAGAAAAGAUCUGCAUAAUUUUGGUCACGGUGUACUUUAUUUUAAAAUCUCUUUAUGAAAUUAAACAUAAUUUUAGGGGUUUAUUGGGU